ACCGUUGCUGUAGUGCAGGUCGGUCACGCGUACAGCACAGGUGGUUCAACAUAAAGAGGGGAGAAUCAGGGUUUCCGAUCUUUAAAAACCCUAACUCAUCAGAGAGAAGAAGAUUAAUUUCUAACCUAACUAUAGAAAAGAAAAAAAAAAGAAGCAAAAGAGACAGUCAUUUGCAGCGUUUAUUCUUGGAGGUGUUAUGAAUAUGUGUGGGUGUCUUGCUUCUGCAUAAGAAAAAAGUAUGUUGUUGAUGUACCGUAAAGGAAUGGUUGACUUCAUAUCAGCUUAUUUUCACUGGAAUGAAAUUCUAUCACGCCUCCUUGGUUCAAAGAACUUAUCUGCAGAGUACUGGUUUCUUAUAUCGUAAUCUCAAGGAAUCUGGUUUCAUCCAAACACGGGAAUGUGUUGCAGCUCUUGGAGUUUUGUAGAGUGUUUGGAAAGUUGGUGUGAAAAUGAGAUGAAACUGCUUCACUCAAGUCUCCUACUCCAAAUGGACGGUAGAUUGAACUUUGAGGAUGUUGUGGCCAGUUCUUCAAAAGGGAACCGGAAAAUCUUGUUAUCAAAUGUGAUUGGGAUGUUUACUGCUGUUGGAACAGAGAGGGAGCUAGAGAAAGCUGGUAAGAAAACCAAAAUGAAUGUCAUCCUUAUUGAAGCUGAUGGUUUGCAACUGGAGUGUACUUUAUUUGGUCAAUAUGUUGAUAUGUUAAAUGCAUUUCUGGCCUCUGGAGAGGAUCAACAUGUUGUCAUUGCUUUGCAUUAUUGCAAAGUGAAGACCUUCCAAGAUAAAGUUUCUAUUCAAAACUGUAUGAACUGUACCAAGAUUAUCUUUAAUUGUGAUGGUGAAGAUGCAACCAAGUUGAAAAAAAUGAUGUGGGAUAAUACUGAAUCUCCUUCUCAAGCUCUUACCCAACUUUCUGCUUCUUCUAAAGUUAGCUUAGAAGAUGAUUUCAUUAAGCUGCAUCCUAGGAGUUCAAUUGAAGGUCUAAAAGAUUUUAAACAGGAAAGUACUUUUGUAGUAAAAGCUACUAUCAAACAUGUGCUAGAUCAUGAUGAUUGGUGGUAUACAGCAUGUAUCUGCAACAAAGCAGUUUAUCCUGAUUCCAAAAUGUUUUUUUGUGAAAAGUGUAACAAGCAUGUCAUUAAGGUUACACCUAGGUUUAAACUGAAACUUCGUGUAAUUGAUGCUACGGAUUCUACAACUUUUGUUGUAUUUGAUCGUGAUGCAAGUGCAAUGUUGAAGAAAUCAUGCUCUGACAUUCUUGAAUUGCAAGACAAGAACACUGCUGCUGGAGACUUGCCUAAAGAGUUUGAAGUCCUAAUUGAUAAGACCUAUCUCUUCAAAGUUGAGUGCAAGAAUGAUUAUAAUACCAAAUUUGAACAAUCAUUCAGAGUUAAAAAAGUUUGCAUGGAUGAAAAAGUAAUUGAAAGCUUUUCUGAUGUUGAAAUUAAGUCUUUGGAUCUAUACUCUGCAAAUGAAGAAGAAACCAAAUUAAAUGAGCCAACAAAUCAACUCUCACCUGAUUCCAUUGCAGAGGAUUUGUUGAUCAAAUUCACAGAAGAAUCAAAUGAUCUUGAGACUCUAAGUGAUCAUUUGAACAAUAUAGUAUCAAGCCAUGUUCCUCCCGAAGAAUCCUUGAAAAAUAAAAAUGUAAUUGAUGUUCAAAUUCAUGAGUUAACCCGCAAAGAAUCAUCUCAUCUGGACAAUCUUGAUUUGGGUACUCAACCACCUGUUCCAAUACUUAAAAGACAAAGUCGAUCUAUGGUUCAAGAAAACAAGAAGAUUCCAGUGAAGAUGUUGAAGAAGAAUAUAAAGAUUGAAAAGUGAUAGACUUUAUGUUUCUUAUGUUAUUUUUUGAAAAACAUUUGCUGCUGUUAUGUAUUUGUACUCAUGACCAUUAUUUCCUGUUUGUCUGUGGUUGUU